AUGCCGCAGAGAAUAGGCCAAGAUGAUUCUUUUUCCAUACCCACUGUACCCUUUCGAAAUAGAGGGUAUGUAUGGAGUCAAUUGCGAAUGGCAACCUUUGUGGAAGAAAGUACAUCGAGUUGGGACGAGCCUGAUUUAGAAGAUGAGCUUUCCCAUGACAACGAACAAGCGGAAGAAGUGAACGAAUCUCCAUUGCUGGAAGAAUACCAAGAUUGGUCAAAGGCAUUGAAGAAAGCCGUAAAGGCGCUUGAAAAGAAGAGAAAGUCACUGCAAUCGGAAUAUGAAAAAGCUCAAGGUGUAGAAGAUACAGUUGCCAGAGCCCAACUUUUGGUGUCGAAUCUCUAUCAUUUUAAUCCUGGAGUAAAGACUGCCACAGUUCAAGAUUGGGAAAAUGAUGGGGCAGAAGUGGAAUUGACACUGAACCCAAAGUAUGCCAGUGCCAACGAAGAGGCAGACGCCUUGUUUGCACAGGCACGGAAACUGAAACGAGGAUCGCAGAUUGUUAAGGAGCUGCUCAAUGAAUCGGAACAAGCUUGGGAGCUGCUGUCCGAUGCCCAGGCCGACCUCGAAUCUGCGUGUAUGGAUGAUGGGGAAAUCAACCAAGGACGACUCGCACUGGUACAGGACCGACUGCAACGCUCGUCGCGAGCUACCAAGUUCCAGCCACCUCUGCCACGGGAUGCAGCACAAGCAAAGUCAUCGUCCUCCCAAUCGAAUGGCGGCAAGAGCAAUCGAAAACAGUCGAAACCAGAGAUUGGUACCCCACAAUCUAAUUUGAGGAAACUCAUGUCACCUGGUGGUUGCAUUGUUCUCGUUGGGAGAAAUAGACGGGGGAAUGAACAUUUGAGCAUGUCCAUUGCUCGGGGAAACGAUGUAUGGAUGCACAGCCGUGGAUGUCCUGGUGCUCAUGUGAUUAUCCAGAAUCGACGAGGAAGUCCUAAACCAACUCCAGAAUGCCUUGCGUUUGCCGCUGACCUUGCCAUCUAUUACAGUGAUUUUCGUAAUGAAGUCAAGGCGCCGGUUACAACUGCGGAACCGAAACAUCUACAGAAACCAAGAGGGGCUCCGUUGGGAGCAAUCAAGGUUCGCCAGGAAUCAGAGACACUGAUAGGUUAUCCCGCUCGUGUUCCAGACGAAUUGAAGGAAGCCCGAGCGGCAUCAGGGCAAUCAGAUGAAUAUCGAUCUACUGACAAAGCAAAACAUCGCAAGCGAACGAAACAAGUGGCACAGCAAGAAAGAGCAAAACGAAAGAAAGCAAACAAAGAGAAGAAAGCUGCUGCAGAACGUCCUGAUUUCUACUAA